GCAAACUGCAGGAAGGAAGGAAAUGUCAUAGGGGUGUCAGGUAUCAUUGAAGCACAAAUUUGAAAGUGCUGACUUGAAUGACUGAAGAGGAACAUAUGCUGCCAAGAAUAUUAACCAUAGUUAUCACAUGGCAUGUGGCCAAGCUGGAGUGACAUUGCCUCUGUUCUCCGGUUGGAGUCAACUGGCUAACGUUAGCUAAAAUACAGAUGAGCAGUCGACUGGGCGACCGAGGCUGCCAGUAACUGAUUCCGCCAGACUAGCACGGGGACGUGGAUUUUUGAGUUACACUGAAUUACAACCGAUGACCAACAUGAUGAUUACCCUUACAUAGAUUCUGAGGAAGAUGAUGAACACAGAGAGGCGGGUGGUGGAGGAAUGGCUCUCAGAAUUCAAGACGCUAUCUGAAACCCAGAUCCCUGGCUAUGCUGGCAGCCUCCAUCAGAAGAAGCACCUGGUGCCUGCGCUCUACCGGGUCAUCCAGGACCCCCACAAUGAGCUGCUGGAGCCGGUGUGUCACCAGCUGUUUGAGCUGUACCGUAGCUCUGAGGAGCGCCUGCGCCGUUUCACGCUGCAGUUCCUGCCCGAGCUGCUGUGGGUCUACCUGCGCCUGACCGCCAGCCGUGAUCGCCACAGCAACGGCUGCAUCGAGGCCCUCCUGCUGGGCAUCUACAACCUGGAGAUUGUGGACAAAGAAGGCAACAGCAAGCUGCUCUCCUUUACCAUCCCCUCACUGUCCAAGCCCUCAGUCUACCACGAGCCAUCUAGUCUAGGCUCCAUGGCGUUGACAGAGGGAGCCCUGUGUCAGCAUGACCUGAUCAGAGUGGUUUACAGUGGCCUGCAUCCACAAAGAGAAACCUUCACAGCGCAAAACAGGUUUGAGGUGCUGUGCUUCCUGAUGCUGUGCUACAACUCCGCAGUGGUCUACAUGCCCCCCUCCUCCUACCAGGCUGUCUGCAGGAUGAGCUCCAGACUGUGUGUGUGCGGGUUUCCGCGGCAGCAGCAGAAGCCGUGGCGGGAGCCGUGCAACCGUGUGCAGCUGGACGCCGACUUCAUGGUGCAGAUGCUGACCGCCAUCUACCACGCCACGUACAAUGGGGAGUGGGACAUGGGGAGAGAGGCACUCGAAGACAUCCUGUACCGAUCCCAGCUGGAACUCUUCUCCCAGCCCCUCCUGCUGGGAAUGCUAUGAAGCCAUGCCUGACUGCGCCUCCCCGGGCGACUCAUUAGGGAUCUAAAGGUCCUGCAGGUGGAGGUGACCCCAACGGUCAGCCGCAUCUCCCGCUCCGCCAUCACCGCCGCCUCCAUCCGCCGACACCGCUGGAAGAGAGAGGAUUGUUUUGACUACUCCACUGACGACGAGUUCACCCUCACCAUCCCUCCCCGCCGACACACCGCCCACCAGGACCCACCAGCGGCCAAUCAGGACCGAGGAGGGCGGGGUCACGUCGACAUUCUCGCGGUCACUCACGAGGAUGCGGACGGGAUGAGCGGUGGCGAGGAGUCUUUCAACCUCAACGACCCGGAUGAGGGCUUCUCGUCGGGCGCGUCCAACAGCAGCCAACCCAGCGCGCCCAAGCCCAUCGCCAGCAGCGGCAGCACCCGCAACAGUGGAGGUGGCGGAGGAGGAGGGGUCACCCGCGGCAGCCAGAAGAGCAGCGGCGGCAGCAGCAUGAAGAAGAGCAUGAUGAGCCGCCUGUCCCGGGACAAGCCCCCGCCAGAGAAACACAAGGAGCCUCCCACCACCGCCACCAUCGUUGUCCAAAUGGCAGCGCCGGUUGAGCCCCAGCCGCCUCCACGGCGACACCACCAGCACCACCAGCAGCAGCAGCAGCAGCUGCUCCAGCAGACGCCGCCUCCGUCCCCCCCCACGCCCCAGCCUGUGCACCUGACCCCCGCCGCCUCUCCUCCCACCCCUGCACAGCGGUCAUCCGCGUCAUCGUCACCCCCACCACCACCACCACCGCCGCUGCCACCACUGCUGACGGUGGACGACCCCAUUGAGCUGGACGGCAUCGAGCUGAGCCUCAUCCAGCGGCAGCCGAGCCUGCCCUCGGCCGGACGGGCCCGCGCCCGCACGGCCAGCACCUCGUCCAGUCGCUCCCUGGACUGCACGGACACCAGCCUGAACGGGAGCAGCGGGGGUGCGGGCGGCAUCGGGGGCUCUCUGGGCGCAGGAGUGGACGGCGGUGGAGGCGGGUCUGCGUCCGGGGCAGGCCAUCGCCACUCCACCAUCAGCUUGCAGGAGGAGCACCUGGCUGGGCAGAGGGGCCGCCAGGAGCUGCUGCCGCCCGGAGCUCCGCUCACCAAGCAGUCCCGCUCGCCCAGCUUCAACAUGCAGAUCAUAUCGCAAGUGUAGCGCUCCCCAUACACACACACACACACACACACGUCAGCAGACAGACCUGCACCUAUUUACCAUCACAACAACUACAACUACUAUGACGACUACUUUUCCUCCUCCUCCUCGUCCUUUCCCUAAUGUCCUUCCACAGCCUCCUCUUCACUGGUGGCUCCGUCAUACAGGCUGCCUCGCUGCCAGUCUGGGGUGCCAGGAGUGGAGUUUCGCCUGCCUGCUGGAGAGGAGAGGUGCUGUGGAGGGUGGGGGAGUGAGGGGGAUUGGGUGGAGGUGCAGGAUUUGGUGGAGGCGCAGUAGAGGCUGAUGGCUGCCUCAGGUCACGCAUGUGUUUUUAAACAUCUCAAAACAAAUCAUAAUUGAAAAAAAUAUAUAAAAAGGCUCUGUGCCCAAUGCUGCCCUCUGGUGGAGGCCUGUGUAAGCACAACACUGAGGAAAGCCAUCCUGGCGCUACAGCGCCCCCCUAGUCUACCUACUCUACCUAGUCUUGUUCGCUGGAUGGAGUACCCCAACGUCCUUGGACCAAACUCAGCAUUCCAUGUCUACAGGAAAAAAAAAAAAACAGAGACUCUCUGAGUAUGAAGAGUUGAAGAUGUGUUCAGCAAUUGGAAAAAAAUACUGUGGGUUUCGGAUGUAAUAUUUUCAGAAAGAAUUCAGUUACUGUUCCACGCAUAUAGUUUAUAUUUUGUAAGCCAAUCAGCAAUAAGAAUUCAUGUUUGUUCAUCUAAAAGAGUGAAUCACUGUAGUGUGUCAUGCCUACCUGUUGAUCCUUGGGUGACGUGCAAUCUAUCAAUUGUUAUACGUUUUUGUUAAAUGUUUAUUACUUUUACAAGAAACAGCUGGACUAGCACAGAGUGACAACAUUGUAAAAACUCUUUUGAAUAUAUUAUUUUGUUAUAUUAGUUUGCUUAUUACCGGAAACCGACUAGACAAAUCAAAACUGAAAUUUUACACUUGUCAACAAACUUUAAUUUAAUUUUAAGUAAUUUAUGAAGUUUGUGUGU